AUGGACCUCGACAAGAAGGGCAUCGCCGCGGAGUUCCUCGGGAGCUUUGCACUCCUGUUUGGAGCAGGGCUUCUGAGCAUGUUUAGGUCGGACAUUUUCUCAUACGGGCUCGCAGUCUCGCUGACAUAUGCCGUUCUCACCUUCGUCUUGUACCAGUUCCGCAUUGCCCAGUUGAACCCAAUUCUUACGCUUACGGAGGUCUUUGCUGGUCGCGUGAAAGCGCAACACGGCGCGAUCAACAUUGCGCUGCAGUUCCUCGGCGCAACCUUGGGAGCCUCGCUUUCGGCGUUGAUCUGUGGCGAAUCUGGCUUUUUACCCGCUGGAGUCGAAGGAGCGCUCAGCGGAAAGAUUCUCCUUGCUCAAGGGGUGUUCUGUUCGACGUUGGCUUUCGCCCACAUCGAAAAUUCUGCAGACGUCGGCCGGCUCCCCGGCAUUGCCGUGGCUCUCAUCACCUACGCCGCGUACACCGCGACCAUGGGGCUGUCUGGCUACCUGAACCCGGCAGUGGCGCUGGGAACCAAUAUCGGCAAUGCGCUGCAAGGAACGUCAGUCAACUCGUCUCAGUUUGCGUCCUUCGUGAUCAUCCCGUUUUUGGCCGCAGCUGCUGGCUGGGGCGCCUACAAACUGGCGUAUGACAACCUCCUGAUGAGCGAGCUGUUUGGAAGUCUGGCGUUUACCUAUUGCUCCUGCUGCGCCAUGGCGGGAGGCGUACAGACGUGGAACACAGCUCUGAGCAUCGGAUGCAUUGCGGCGGCGCUGGUCUACACCAUCGGAUGGAAAUCUGGCGGCGCCAUCAACCCGGCGAUCUCCCUCGCAACCCUUGGCACAGGCCAGACGCACGUUCCAGACACCUUCUUCUACCUCCUCUUCCAGUGCGGUGGAGGAGCUCUUGGAGCUAUCUUGGCUCGUUACACGAUGGGUCCACUUAGUCUCUUCAACAUUUUGAGGUCAGGCAGCAACGGGUACGAUAUGCUGGUGCUCUUCGUCUUCAGCAUGCUGCUCAUGGGGGCGUACACCUUCACGUUCGGCGACAUCUUUGGACGACCAGCGGGCGCUGUGAUCGGCGCUGUCUAUGCGGCGUUCCAUUUGUGCUUCGUCAAGGCGGCCUCGCUGAAUGUGCAGACAACCUUUGGAAUCAUCAUCUCGCAGCUCCUCCUUAACGGAUACGGAGAGGACUGGUGGAAUUCCAUCGCGUGCCUCGGAAUCCCGAUUCUCAGCGCCCUCAUGUCCGCCGGCAUUUUCGCACUUCUGCCCGGCCGCUACCAGAGGCUUCCGUAA